ACAGCCACGAGAUCACGUAAAUGUACACACAUUAGUCGAUAUGGAAUGAUUUUCUAUGUGAUUACUUAAUUGAUACGAAACUAAAAGAUGUAUACAUAAUUCAAUAACCAUUAUUGAAGGGUUUUGUUUAAUUUUACGUAUUCGGUAAACUUAAUUAUUAUCAACGUGUGGAUUUCUAAAAAAAACAUAACUGCGUUGUUUUGCACCUACAUGUGCACGUGUUGUUCUAUUCACGAAAACGAAGUACACUGACGGGGGUAGCAGAUGUGCUUGUGUGGUAUCAGUGGAAUUAUCAUUAUGAAAGGCACACAAACAAUUCGAGAAUGUUUAUCACCACCAAAAUAAUCCAACACGGGGUGUGUCACUAAAAUAUGAAGUGUGUUUAAUUACAUCCAGAUGAAGCCAGAUACGCCGCCAUUUUAGAUAUAUGGCAUGUACUCGUGUCACUUACUAUGGAUGACGUAAUAUUAAUCACAAUUUCAAAAUAAUUAUAAUAUUGUAUCUAUAUUGAACCUACAUGAUCAAUUCCAUUGGAAUCGAUCCUGUGAAUUGUGUUUGAACUAUGAAAAUAAAUAAUUAAUACCAGAAAACGACCUAUUUGUGUGGAAUACAUUGUUGAACAUGUGGAUUUGUUCACGGUUUAUUUGUGGAAUACGGCGAUGGCAAUUGGGAUCAAAGAUGGCAUUUUAUCAUAUAGGAUUUGUCUUGGAAUGGUGAUAUUGUAGUGAAUACAACUGGAAUACAGAUAUUCGAAUAUCGUUUAUUAUCAAUGUAUUUAAACCGUCACUGGAUUCGAUGUGAACAAUUUGUAUGGAAUUAACAUUUGUUCAUACAUUACUUGUGAAAAUGCUUGUUAUUCAUGCUUUAAGAUUCUGUGAUAGAUAAAGUGAGCUUUAAUUGAGUUUCAAUACUAUUGGAUUAUUGUUAAAAGAAACCGGAAGCACAACCAUGUUUAAACCAGGAGAAAUAGCUACAACAAAAAGCAAACAUCGACGAAUGCUCGUUCGACACAAUGAGCAGCCGACAGAUGGUACCAUGCCUCCAAGAUCUACCCGCGAUAAAAGAACAGCAUCUAGAUUUAAUCUAGGAGAUAAAUCCGCGAAAUCUCUGACGACAUUAGAAGAAGACUUUAUAUACGCAGCUGAGUUUGGUGAUAUUCCAACGGUCCAGAGAAUUCUUGAGGACAAUCCUAGUUUUAAUGUCGACUUCAGUGAUAUUUUAGGACGAACCCCGCUCAGACUAGCAGUUGGUAAUGAACAUUUAGAGGUUUGUGAAUUACUUCUGGACAGGUGUAAUAUUUCCAGUAUCCACGAGGCUCUGUUACAGGCUAUAAGUGCAGGUCAUGAACAGAUCGCAGAGACAAUCCUUAAACACCAUAAAUACCGAGAAAUCAAAAAGGAGAAUAAGAGAUUCGGUGAAACGGACUACUUUUAUAACACAAAUAGCGAGGACUCGCCAUUUUCUUCGGAUAUAACUCCAUUAAUUUUAGCGGCAGAGAGAAAUCAGUUUGAAAUUGUCCAGUUAUUGUUAUUGAGAGGUGAAACCAUUCCCAAGCCUCAUCAUUAUUAUUGUCACUGUCAAGAAUGUUCUAAUAAGCUUGAAUUCGACCAACUUCGUUUGGCGAAGACGAGACUCAAUGCCUAUAAAGGUUUGGCUAGUGGUGCUUAUAUUUCUCUGUCCAGUAAGGAUCCCAUUUUGACGGCAUUUGAAUUGGCCAGGGAAUUACGGAGAGUAGCGGUUGUAGAAAAAUAUUAUAAGAAUGAGUAUUUAGAGUUAGCGGCUCAGUUAAGUGAAUAUGUAGUGAAAUUAUUAGACAAGGUCAGAGGUCAUGAAGAACUGGAACUCAUUCUCAAUAAAACAGGAACGGAUAGUGAAGCUGAAACAUACGAAUCAUUGUCCAGAUUAAACCAAGCUAUAAAAUACAAUGAAAAGAAGUUUGUAGCCCACCCGAGCUGUCAACAGAGAUUAGUCAGUAUCUGGUAUGGUGAUUUAAGGGCUCUUGAAAGAUCCAACUGGUUUUUCCGUUCAGUAAUUGUUUUUUUAAUAACGAUGUUUUACCCUGUUAUGGCUAUUGUGUACUGGGUUGUACCCACAACACAGGCCGGUAAAUUCCUCAGGUAUCCGUGUGUAAAAUUUAUUGGACAAACCAUGUCCUUUGUUACAUUUCUUGUGAUGAUAUUUAUUUCCACGGCGACAGAACGACCUUCAACACAUAAAGUUUUGUCAGCUUUUGCACCUGUGCAUAGACAUUAUUCGGUGUGGCGUAAUUCAACAUCUGGAACUUGGCCGGAAGACUUUGUUUUGCGGACAUUUGAACCAGAAAUAAUUCAUUUGUUGAUGUCUGUUUGGAUAAUGGGUAUGUUAUGGCAAGAAGUGAAGCAGUUAUAUAGCAGUGGAUUGUUUAAUUAUUUUGAUUCUCUGUAUAAUUAUUUAGAUACGGCUGUAUUAACGGUUUAUAUCAUGUCGUUUUCAUUAAGAUACGUCAGCAUAAUGAAGGUCAAAGCAUCCCUAUCUUAUUUUAAAUCGGAGAGUUCGUGGCAUGCAUUGGGUAAUGGUUCUUUAGAAGCAAAAUUACAACUUUACUGGCUAGUAGCAGAUCGAUUUUAUUGGGAUAGUUGGGACCCGUAUAAUGUAGCCGAGGCAGCGUUUGCUGUAGCCAAUGUGAUAAGUUUUACACGUGUGUCCUAUCUAUUACCAGCCAAUGAACUGUUUGGACCUAUGCAGAUUUCUUUAGCUAGAAUGAUCACUGAUAUUAUGAAGUUUUUCGUGGUAUUUUUGGUUUUAUUUAUCGCCUUUAUGGUGGGUUUACACAAUCUCUAUUGGUACUACCCUAAAAACGUCCGAAAAGAAGUUGAGUUGAUACCCAAUAAUAUCACUACAGUAGCAGAAGAAAAUUUUGGCAUACCAGAUAUAACAUUCCGAACGGUGUUCUGGUCAAUGUUGGGUCGAGGGGAGCCAACUGCUGUAGAACUUGGUGAAUUUAAUAAUCAUUUUACUCAGAAUGUCGGCUAUUGGUUAUAUGGAGCUUAUAAUGUGGCCAUUGUUAUCGUUUUACUGAAUAUGUUGAUUGCUAUGAUGACUAGAUCAUUUGAAAUUAUACAGGAAAUGGCUGACACAGAAUGGAAAUUUGCAAGAAGUAAAAUGUAUAUGGAAUAUAUUAAAGGCGAAUGUACUCUACCUGUACCUUUCAAUAUAUUUCCUACACCUAAAUCCAUAUACUAUCUUUUCCGUUUCUUUUUUAAUAUGUGUUGGAAACAUGAUGAUCCUCCAAUUGCCAGUCAUCCAGGUAGAAUAAAAGAUAUAGAAAUGUUUCCUGCUGGAAAUUCAGUGGAUCCUGCACCAUCUGCUGGUUGGGAUGAUGGCGUCAGUUCCCAUAAUCCAGGUAUCCGGCACUUCCGGGAUCGAAUGACAAAUACAAAUGGGUUUGUUAGAAAUGAUUCGGAUCCUAAUAUAUUCUGUGAAAAAUUAACAUAUAAGAGGGUAAUGAAGCGGAUAGUUAAGAGAUAUAUAUUUGAUAUGCAAAGGGAGGCAGAAGGGCCGGAAGGUGAUUUUGAUGAAAUUAAGCAAGAUAUCUCAAGUUUCCGGUACGAGAUGUUGAAUCAUAUUUCUGUCCGACAAGCCGAGGAGAAAAGACAAUCGGAUAGAUUAGAGAAAUUAAGUGAUCGGCUCGAAAUAAUGGCCCAACAACAAGACUUAAUAUUAAGGCGCUUAUUGAAAACCGUGGGUAAAUUGGAAGACAAUAAAGUGAUAGAAAAUCCAUCAGACUCCAAAAAUGUGUUUUCAGACCCCAUUGUAAAUACAGAAGACAUUUUGGCUAGAUCUUUAGUCCGUAAACGAUCAAGUAAUGGCCGAUUGCAUACUGUUCCUGAAGAAUCAAAACUCCAGGGUCAAACAACCAAAGAAAAUACAACCCCGGGUUGUCCGAUUGCGGAACCCGAGGUUUCAGAAAUCAUCGACACUGGAAGCAUUGAUAUUAAUUUAUAGCUACAAUAAACGUUACCAUAACAACCAUUGAUGAGAUACACAGGAAGUGCCUACAAUAUUUUUUGUUUCGCCAUUGUUAGUAUGCAAGUUAUGUUUUUAUUGUUUAUAAUAAAAGACUGGAUUGUUGUAAAUGAUGCCCGAUGUGAUAGUUAAAAUAUUUUUAAAUAAUGUUACCGAUAACUAUUAACAGAAAUAUUGCGCAGUUUUUACAACCUUAAUUAAAAGCAGCUAGGAUACUACCACCGUUUGUUUUAACAGAGCCCUAAAUAGUUUCAGCCAUGUUAUUAUGUUGGUAGUUAUAGAGCCUCUAAGAGAUCAAAUAGUGCUGAGUCUUAAAAAGAACAAAUGAUCCAAAUGUCACCAAAGGAAACGGGAAUCAAUAAGGAGUUGUGUAGGGUGUAAUUAUUAAUGGUGAUUUGAUUCUGGGGUUUAACAGGAGUCAAAUGACAUGUUUUGAAAUACGGAUAUUAAUCUGAACGAAUCGUUGUUUAUUAAUCUUCAUGAAUACAAGCCUGGUUUCAAAGCAUAUAGUUUUAUCAGUUUACCUUUAAAAAGUAUGAUUAUUAUAGUAUCAUAUGUUUUCAUGAUUGGAUAUAAUGUGGAAAUAUUCAAUGUAUUUCGCUUAUAUACCAAAAUUAUUCUUAAGUAUUUUAAUUUCGAUUAUUUUUAUUAUUAAGUUUAUUCAUUAAUCUUUGUUUUGAUUUCUCUAUUUCUUUAAUUCAUUGUUAUUAUGUGAAUGCAUUCUUGAUUACAAUGUCCGACAAUUUAUUCAUUAUCAAUUGGCUUUUAUAAUCAAAUGAUGUUUACACUAUUGUUCUCUGGCCUAUAUUCACCCAUGGUGAACAACUGAAUCUCAUCUUUUACAUUAUUAUCAGAUAUCACUGUCAAAUAAUAUGUUUGUUAUUGGUAAUAUCAGAUAUUAUAUUUCCUAGUCAUAUCAGAUAAUAUCACCCUUCCCAGUAUUAUCAGAUAUUAAUGUCAAAUAAUACAAUUUGUUUUGGUAAUAUCAGAUAUUAUCUUUCCAAGUAAUAUCAGAUAAUAUCAUCUAUCCCAGUAAUACCAGGUAAUAUAAUAUUUCCUAGUAAUACCAAACGACAUCAUCUUUCCUAGCAAUAUCAGAUAAUGUAAUCUUUCCUAUAGUAAUACCACAUAAUAUAAUAAUAAUUAUAGUAAUAUCAAAUAGCAUAGUUAUUACCAGUAAUACCAAUUCGAGUUGAUUUCGGGUCAUGCUUUCUCGUAGACUACAUGUAUACAGUCGUGGAUGAUCAAAUCAUGCCAAAUUACGUAUAGCUUACAAGGCAAGUAAAAGUACCAAAAUGUUCAAAGAUUACUAUAAGCUAUAUGUAAUACAAAUCAUGUACAUUUUUACCAUGGAAGUCAAACUACAAUUUUUCUUACCAUUCUAGUCAAAUUACUUAUAAGCAAGCUAUUCUAGUCAAAUCAAAAUCGACCCAGUAUCAGGCCCUUAGCUAGUUGGGAUGGGGGAGGAAGAGGGGCACGUUGGUCGUUGGCUUCAUAUUGCGUCCAAUGGAAAUGGCAGUAAAGGCGCCAAUUGGGGGGAACCUCCCCAAUGGGCAAAGGCACUGUCAGGUGCGCCGAUUUUGCCCCCCCCCCUCCCCGCUAGCUACUGACCUGAGUAUUAUAUUGUCUGAUCUAAUUCUUUAUAUAUUCUAAUUCUUAAAAUACUGACCAAAACGUACAAAAGAAUCAAAUGAUGUAGAAUCAACAAGAAUCAAAUGAUGUAGAAUCAACAAUGUAGAAUCUUGUCGCUCUAGUCAAAUGCUGAACAAUAUUACACAUCUUACUAUUUUAUCUAUAUCAUGUAAUUUUAGGCAAAGCAUGUACUUCUAGGUUAAUAAUGAUGUAAUUCGGGGCAAAUCAUGAUGUCAUUCGAGGCAAAUCAUGAUGUAAUUCGAGGUAAAUCGUGAUAAAUUCGAGGCAAAUCAUGUAAUUCGAGGGAAGUAGAUGAAAUGUAAGCUUAUCGAAUCGGAUUGGCCGUUGAAUUAUAUCAUCUUUUAAAAAAUAGAUUUGGGAUCUUUCAUUGUUUAAAUUAUCCUUUAAUGUAAACACAUAUUGAUUUGUGAUUGCUUUAAAGACAAUUUCUCUCCAAUAUAUUUUAGAAUAUUUUCGGUUAAUAUUUAGAGAUUGUAAGUUCCUUAUAGUUGAUCUAUUUGAUACUAACUUAUAAGAAUGUUAUGUUCAUGUCCAUGCUAAUAUCUUAACAUAGGUUAACAUAACAUAUUUUGCAUAGGUUUUUAAAAAGACUUUCUCUUGUUAUGUAUCUCAUAUAAUUUAUAUUUGUUUUAUUUUCAAUUUUUUUAUUUGCUUUCGAUUCAUUUGAAUUACAGACAAUUACGUCGAUUGUUAAAUAAAUUUAUAUCAUAAUGUG